AUGUCCGCCCUCCUCCAGCCCAUCACCACAGCCACAGGCCUCAAGUUGAGGAACCGCAUCGCCAUGGCCUCCAUGACACGCAACCGCUGCAUUGACGCCUACAAACCGGGUCCCGCCCAUGUCAAGUACUAUGCUGACCGAGCACGCGAUGGUCCAAGCAUCAUCGUCACCGAAGGCGUCCUUGUCGAUUGGGCUGGACUUCCGUGGCCGUAUGCUCCCGUGAUGGUCACCGAGGAGCAUGCUGCGGCGUGGCGCGUGGUUGUCGAUGCUGUUCAUAAGGAGGGGGCGUUGAUGCUUUUUCAGGCUUGGCAUGCUGGGCGAUGCCAGAACGACGAAAUGCCUACCAUGAAAGGUACAGGGCGUCCUGUGUUCGCGCCUUCUACGAUUCCCGCUGAGGGGUGGAAGUAUCGAGAUUUGCCUGGCAUGCCGGGCCAUACCGCAAAUGUGAAAGCAAUCGAUGACCCUCGAGAUCUUAUCGACACGUAUCGACGGUCGGUAUCGCUCGCCAAAUCAGCCGGUUUCGAUGGUGUUGAGCUUCUCUGUCAGGGCGGUUACCUGCCACAACAAUUCUUGAACACGCGGGCCAAUACACGUACCGAUGCCUAUGGUGGCACAGUCGAGAAUCGAUGCCGCUUCACACUAGAACUUGUCGAUGCCAUUUGCGAGAUUUUCGGUGGACCUGAAUUCAUCAGCGUCAGGAUGAGUCCUGUCGACACCCUCAAUGACUCGGUCGUCACUUUUGAGGAGACGCAGGAGACGUACACGUAUUUGAUCAAAGAACUGGUCCGGCGGAAGGUCGGCUUCAUCAAUAUUUGUCGACGUGGUGCUGACCUCAACGUGAAAACUGACGAUGUUUACAGUCGAUACCCUCGACCAGAAGGAUAUCCGCUGCCGUUAGGAUAUGAUCCAGUAUUGGAUUUUAGCCCACUGGUCAAGUUUCCCGGUAGUGCCUCGUUGCUGAUGGUAAAUCAGGAUUAUGGCUUUCAAGAGGCUACGGAGCUAGUGGAGGAAGGAAAGAUUGAUCUCCUCAUGAUCGGAAGGCCGUUCAUGUUCAACCCGGAUUUGAUUAAUCGUAUUGAGAAAAGACUUCCGCUCGCGAUCAACGAUCGAGGCAACCAAGUUUAUUAUGGACCGUAUCAUACGCCUGAUGAGAAUUAUAAUGAUUGGCCUGUUGCAGCAGCUUGA